AUGUGUGGAAUUCUAGCAAUUUUACUCACCAACCCUACCAUCUCUGCAAGCUUAGAGUUAUUUGAAGGCCUACAAAUUCUACAACAUAGAGGUCAGGAUGCAGCAGGAAUCAUUACUUGUGGUAAUAAAGGUCGUCUUUAUCAGUGUAAGGGAAAUGGAAUGGUUCGUGAUGUUUUUAAUCAUGAAGUUUUAUUACAUUUGGGUGGAAGUCUUGGGGUUGGUCAUGUAAGAUAUCCAACUGCUGGUACGUCUUCACGUUCGGAAGCACAACCAUUUUAUGUUAAUAGUCCAUAUGGUAUAGUUUUUGCUCAUAAUGGCAAUCUUGUAAACGCAAAGGAUUUAAAGGAGUUCUUGGAUGUUAAUGCUCAUCGACAUAUCAAUACAGAUUCUGAUUCAGAAUUAUUAUUAAAUAUAUUUGCUGAUAACUUGCAAAAAAUUGGAAAAAUUAGAAUUAAUGAAGAAGAUAUUUUUACUGCUAUAAAAGGAAUUUAUCAAACAUGUAUAGGGGGGUUUGCAUGUGUUGCAAUGAUUGCAGGAUUUGGCAUUAUUGGAUUUCGUGAUUCAAAUGGGAUUCGUCCAAUUUGUUAUGGAAAAAGAAAGAAUAGCCACGGUACCGAUUAUAUGUUUUCAUCUGAAAGUGUUGUGCUGGAUGCGUUAGGCUUUUCAGAUGUCGUUGAUAUAAAUCCUGGCGAGGCUGUUAUCAUCACGAAACAAGCAAUUACACGACGUCAAUUAGUAGAAGUAGAAAAAAAAAAAUUCUCACCAUGUAUAUUUGAAUAUGUUUAUUUUGCUCGUCCAGAUUCUGUACCCGAUACUAGUCGUGUGGCUGCUCUUCAAGUUUCUCAUAAAUUGAACAUUGCUUAUCGUGAAGGAUUUAUUAAAAAUCGUUACGUAGGUCGAACUUUUAUAAUGCCAGGGCAACAAAUGCGUCGAAAAAAUGUAAGAAGAAAGUUAAAUGCUAUGGCAUUAGAAUUUACAGAUAAAAAUGUCCUUAUAGUCGAUGAUUCUAUUGUAAGAGGUACUACAUCUAAAGAAAUUGUACAAAUGGCUCGUGAUGCUGGUGCCAAGAAAGUUUAUUUUGCAUCAUGUGCUCCACCUAUUAGAUAUCCUAAUGUUUAUGGGAUUGAUAUGCCAUCACGUAAAGAGUUGGUAGCACAUGAUCGUGACAAUGAAAAAAUAGCUCAGGAAAUUGGUGCGGAUAAAGUAAUAUAUCAGGAAUUAGAUGAUUUAAUAGAAUCUUGUAGAAAGUUCAAUCAAAAUAUUUUAAAUUUUGAUUGUUCAGUCUUUAAUGGUCAUUAUACAACUGGUGGCGUAACAGAAGAAUAUUUAGAACAUUUAGAAAAUGCUCGUGGUGAUUCUACAAAAGAUAAUGUUUCAAAUG